GUACAAAGGGUCUGCCAGGAAGAUCUGGUUUGAAAGGACGUGAUGGUUUACCUGGAUCACCUGGCAUAGUUGGGGAUCCAGGACCUUCAGGUGCCCCCGGACCACAAGGAUUUGAAGGUGUUGCUGGAAAGCCAGGCUCGCUUGGUUUGCCGGGAAUGCCUGGCCGGAGCAUGGGCGUUGGAUACACUUUAGUGAAGCACAGUCAGUCAGACCAAAUCCCACCUUGUCCCAUAGGAAUGAGUAAGCUCUGGGACGGCUACAGCUUAUUGUACGUGGAGGGGCAGGAGAAGUCACACAACCAGGAUCUUGGUUUCGCCGGCUCGUGUUUGCCUCGCUUCAGCACCAUGCCUUUCAUUUACUGCAACAUCAAUGAAGUGUGCUACUACGCCAGCCGAAAUGACAAGUCCUACUGGCUCUCCACCACUGCUCCUAUCCCCAUGAUGCCAGUGGACAGUGUUCAGAUCCCACCGUACAUCAGCCGCUGCUCAGUGUGUGAAGCACCUUCCCAGGCUGUGGCUGUGCACAGCCAGGACAUCACCAUCCCCCAGUGUCCCCUUGGCUGGCGCAGCCUAUGGAUAGGAUACUCCUUCCUGAUGCAUACCGCAGCUGGUGCAGAAGGUGGAGGUCAGUCCCUCGUCUCACCUGGUUCUUGCCUGGAGGAUUUCCGUGCUACUCCGUUCAUUGAAUGCAACGGUGCUAGGGGAACGUGCCAUUACUUUGCAAACAAAUACAGCUUCUGGCUGACGACGGUUGAACAGUCGCAGCAGUUUGUCAGUGCUCCUCCCUCAGAAACUCUGAAAGCAGGACAGCUUCGAACGAGGGUCAGCCGUUGCCAGGUGUGCAUGAAGAACUUGUAGUAACAAAAAUGCAGUAACAUUAACAGUCUUUGUUACCUAAGACUAGACAUCGCUGACGUGAAGAAGGAUAAAUUCAUAAACCUGUUUUGUGUGUGGUUGAUGCGUGAAUCAAGACAGCCAGAAUUCUACAAAAAUCGAGUGUCAAGUCCAGGAGUUUGACCGCACGCAGAGGAGGAAAAGAUCAGUGCUCUGA